CAGCCGGGGGAGGCCAGCUCUGCAGACAGCUGGAUCAAUUCUCCGGAGGAAACAGAGGCACCAGCACUAGGGUGAGUGGGAGAGCAUGGGAGAAGGGCACUGGUAUAAUCCAGGCAGGAUUGUUCAGCAGUUUAGCUAGUAGAGAGGGAUGGUAGGAAAUGCACCAAGGAGGAGUUCAGACACGGCUCUUCUCUCCUAUACGUUCCAAAGUGCUGAACACCAUGCCUGCAAUAGUCCCCAAGAGAAAAGCCCCGGGGGUCGAUUUCUGCGGGGUGGACGAAUAUUACUACAUCGUCCGCUCAGACCUGGGCUGCUACAUGAGGUCGACCAAUUUCAACGAAGGAAAAGAUCUGAACGUGUAUAGUCUGCACCCCUCCUGCCAGGGCGGGGAGCACUAUCUCGCCUACCAGGAUGACCUCUUCUACAUCAUCAAAGGAGGGGCUUAUCGCCGUGUGUCCAACAUGAACAUGGACACAGCAGCCGUAGUCUACAAUCUCCACCCCAAUUGCCAGGGAGGAGACCAUUAUCUCUCAGCCUUUGGGCACUUCUACAUUGUCUUCCAGAGCAAAGGUGUCUACCGCAAGGUCACCAACAUGAACACCGAUUCUGAUGCUGUCGAAUACAGCCUCCACCCGUCCUGCAGAGAUGGCCUCUAUUACUGGGGUGUCAAGGGCCAUUAUUAUUUUGUCAAGCCCCAUGACGAAUGGGGAAUCCAGUAUUAUCAAACCACCAAUUUUCACGAGAACAUGGAUGCCGUAACCUAUUCCUUCCACCCGGAUGUGGUCAACUUCCUCCCUGGUGGGUUGGCUAUCACCCAGGGUUCAGCUUUCGGCACCUGGGAGGCCAUCAAGACCAUCUCCAAUGAUUCCAACACGCCCAUCACCUGGAACAAGAAGAUCACCAGGAAGGUGGGCUAUGCCAAGGAGAAGAUGAGCAGCAUAGAGCACAACUGGAGCGUGAGCAUCUCAGCAUCAUACCAGUCAGGAGCCCUCACCGAAGCCAUUGCCAAGUACCAGUUCUCCCUCACUACUCAAUACGGCGGGAAAAGCGUCAACACGGAGAAGGAGAACUGGAGCGAGGCCACCGACGUGGAAGAGUCUGUCAGCCUGACCCUGCAGCCAAGAGAGAAGAUCUACAUAUGGCAGUACCAGCUGGGCCUGGGCAAGAAAAGCGUCUUGUUCUGCCGUGACAUGAAAUUCAACGACAAUCCAAACCCACCUACUGAAGUCCCCCUGCCGCCUUCUAACCAGUGAUCUGAAAUAGGGAGCUCCCAGGAAUACCUAAGGGCCCGCUCGCUGCCUUGCAGUAUUGCUAAGAAUUGGGGUUGUAGGGGGUAUAUUUAGGGUUAGUAUUUUACAGUAGUCGUAGUGGCUUUGCAGUGCAGGGUGUUUAGUGAGGCCCAGUCUAUGUUUAGGAAUAGCAACUAGGAUUAAGAUACAGAGACACAACCCUGCAAUCUACCAUAAUGAUCGUACCAUGGGCUUCCAGAAAACCGGUUGCCAACGGGUUUGCAGCUAACAUGGCUGGGAAAGCAUUUCCUGAGCCAGCAUGGACAGAGCAUUUUUUCACUCUUUGACUAGAAGGAUCAACGCUGCAGCAUCCCCACCCAGCCGAGCCAUGCUGAGCACAUACUAUUACUCCCAGGGGGAUUCUGCACCAAAAAAUUAAAAAUUCUGCACCAAAAAAUUAAAAAUUCUGGGCAGAAUAUUUUAAAAUUCUGCAAAAUAUCACAUAUAUUAUUUAUCAAAAUAACACGAUAUAAUCACACCAGUUUCAAUUAUUUUCAGAAUUUAUUUCAAAAUACCUGUAACAACACAGACACACAAAAAAUUCCCCGUUUCUCUGCCCCCUUCCCGGCAGAGCCAAGGAGAGGGGCCAGACACUCGCACCCCCUCCCCGCAGAGCCCAGGAAUCCAGAGGGACAAACAGCCUGAUGCUGGGGCCUGAGCUUGUGUGGAGUUUCCUGCACGCUGCCUCCUUCUUACAUGGAGUGCGGGGAACUGCUGCUGCUGGGAACCCUCCAGUUCCUCCCCCACCUCUUACCGGCAAUGUCCUCUAUGUGUGAGCUGGGCUCUGCCAGGUCCAGAAGCCCGUAGUGGUGGCCAGCAGCUCUGCAGCCCAUUUCUACUCAGGGAUGAGGAAAGGAAAUUCUGUGUGCACAACAUUAAUUUUUGUGCAAAUUCUGCAUUGCACAGUGGUGCAGAAUUCCCCCAGGAGUAACAUACACACCAGUUUCAGGCGGGUUUGUACUUAACAUGGCUCCACCGUGCCUCCGCUGCUACUCCCCACGCUAACACAGGUGCAUUGCUAUUUGCACUCGCACGAGUAUAUGUGCAUCAGCGAAUCACACCCCUACCUCAUAGUGCAGGCGUCGCUCUGGUUCCACUCUCCUGUCACACGGGAACAAGAGGUUUGCUCAGGGAGCGCCGUGAUUACGCCUCUGCAAGCUGGGAUUUUAGGCAGGAGUUCGGUGGCUCACUCCCAGACAUAAAAUCAGCUCUGGGAUUGGGAAGUAACCCUUACACAGCAGGCAGAGAUCACCACCCCUCAGUGAUCUGCACAGAUCACAGGUGAAAAGGGUGGGGGAAGAGCCUCAGUGUGUUUUCUCAGUCACAUAGGAUUGUGUGUAGUUUUAUUUUGUGCCUGUUGUUACUUCUGGCUAUGAAUUAGCCAAGUCAGUUUUCUCAAGGGCUCGUCUUUACUAGAAGCUGCGACCAAAGACUCCAAUUUCACCUAAAUAACUUUGUAUCAACAAAAUUAUCCGAAGCAUAAAAUAAAGUGACUCCUGCCGUGUUUC